AGAGUUGUGGUUUCUCUUUCAUUUCCAGCUCUCAAACUUUCGUUUCUCUAGCUUGGAGUCGAAAAUACCUUGAAGUUCUGGACUGGUACCUGAGCAGAAGUACGAGGAAUCAGGACAGUCACACAUAGGAUCACAGCAACUAUGGCUUCAGAAUUCAUAAUGAAUUUAAAGGAGGAGGUGACCUGUCCUAUCUGUCUGGACCUGAUGGUGGAACCCGUGAGUGCAGAUUGUGGUCAUAGCUUCUGCCGAGCCUGCAUCACGCUGAACUAUGAAUCCAGCAAAUGCCACGUGGGAGAGUUCAUUUGCCCUGUGUGCCGAGUUAGUUACCUGUUUAGAAAUCUGAGGCCUAAUCGACAUGUGGCCAACAUAGUAGAGAGGCUCAAAGAGUUCAAGUCCAGCCCAGAAGAGGAGCAGAAGGUAGCUUGCUGUGCAAGCCAUGGAGAGAAACUCCAGCUCUUCUGUAAGGAGGACAUGAUGGCCAUCUGCUGGGUUUGUGAGCGAUCUCAGGAGCACCAUGGUCACCAAACAGCUCUCACUGAAGAGGUGGUCAAGGAGUACAAGGAGAAGCUGCAGGUAGUUCUGCAAAAGCUGAUGACAGAUAAGAAUGAAUUUGACACCUGGAAAGAUGACCUUCAGAAGGAGAGAACUUACUGGGAGAAUCAAAUACAGAAAGAUGUGAAAAAUGUUCAGUCAGAGUUUAAACGAAUGAGAGAUAUCAUGGACUCUGAGGAGAAGAAUGAAUUGGAGAAGCUGAUGCAAGAGAAAGGAGACAUUAUCAACAGCCUGGCAGAGUUUGAAAAUGAGCAUGCUCAGCAGAGCAAAUUGCUAGGAGACCUCAUCUCAAGUGUGGAACAUCACUUACAGUGCUCAGCCAUGGAAAUGCUGCAGGGUGUGGAGAACAUCAUAAAAUGGAGUCAGACUUUUUCGGUGAGGAAGCCCAAAACCAUCCCCAGGGAACAAAGAAGAGUGUUCCGAGCCCCUGAUCUGCACAGUGUGCUGCAAGUGGUGCAAGAGGUCUCAGAGGCCCAACGCUACUGGGUUCGAGUGACGCUGGUUCAAAGCAACAAUCCAAACGUUGUCAUUACUGAUGAAAGACAAGUACGAUAUGAAGACCACCAACCAAGAAAUUUUGCACAUGAGCGUGAAAACUGUCAUGAAGGCGUCCUGGGAUACCCAGCUAUCCAAUCAGGAAAACAUUACUGGGAAGUCGAUGUGUCAGGAAAAGGUUCUUGGGUUCUGGGAUUAAGUGAUGGAAGCUACCUCUUCAAUCCAUUAUUUCGUUCAAACGCUGAGAGAUACUCUCUGUUUUCUUUGAGAAGUAGUAAUGAUUCACAUUACCAACCUAAAUAUGGCUUCUGGGUUAUAGGGCUGUGGAGCAACUCUGUGUACAAUGCUUUUGAGGAGCAUGCUUUCACAGGCAAGCCCAACGUCUUGACCCUGUCUCUGAUGGUCCCACCCCAUCGUGUUGGUGUUUUCCUUGACCAUGCAGCCGGCACUCUCUCAUUUUACAAUAUUUCCAACCACGGAACUCUGAUCUACAGAUUCUGUAAAGAUUCCUUUCCGGAUAAGGUUUUUCCUUAUUUUAAUCCCAUGGGAAGUUUAGAGCCAAUGACAGUAUGCUGGCCAGACUCUUGAGCUUUGCCUGUUUCUGUGCAGGAUUUCUGGCUCUGAUGUGUGUCAUAUGCCUGAGCUCAUUAGUACCAUUUUAUCUUUUUUUUUUUCUAUCUCUAGUCUUUCUGUGUGAAUGUCUUUCAUUGGUAAAUAGGAUAUAUUCAUUUCUCUAGGCUAUAUUCUUCUCAGUUUCUUGGGAUUUUUUUGAUUUUUUUUUUUUU